AUGGUCGUCAUUCGUAUAGGCCUAGCGCAUAUUACGCGAUGGGGUGCUGACGACCUAAUCGGAGCGCAAAGUUUCACUCGGGGCGACCGUCACAGGGCGCUGCGUGCGCACGGCAGCAGAGCGCACGGAGACGCGCGCGACGACAAAUUUCCCGCGGUGAAAAGCGGCCGCGUUUUCCGCGACCAAACGUGCGAGCGUGUCGCCCCCGAUGCCCAGACUAAACGCGGCCCG